AUGAGCACUACUGGACAGACUCUAGAUCCUCUAGCCUCAGCCACUUCCACAGCCGACCCUGUUGUACCAGCAUCAUCAGUUGUGAGUGGAGUGGUUGAUUCAUCACAUCCCUACUAUCUUCAUCCCUCGGAUUAUCCAUGGAUGAAUCUUGUGUCCACAGUUUUUGAUGGAAGAAGCUAUGGUGGAUGGAGAAGAGCUAUAAUUGCUUUAUCUGCAAAAAAUAAGCUGGAUUUUAUUGAUGGAACUCUUACUAUUCCACAAAUUGAUUCUGGACUUCAAAGGACUUGGGCAAGGUGUAAUGACAUAGUAUUGUCAUGGUUGUUUAAUUCUCUAUCUAUGGAAAUAGGAGAGAGUGUUCUUUACCCCCAAAGUGCUAAGGACCUGUGGAGUGAUUUAGAAGACAGAUUUGGACAAACUAAUGAAGCUAAGUUAUUUCAGUUACAAAAAGAACUUAGUGUUGUGGUUCAAGGUAGCUCUACUGUAUCAACCUAUUUCACUAAGAUGAAAAGCUUAUGGGAUGAGCUUGACGCCUUGAAAACUUUCUCAACAUGUGUUUGUGAAUGUGAAUAUGGAUAUAAGGUGAAGAAUUCUAAGGCACAUCAAGAUGAAAGGUUGCUGCAAUUUUUGAUGGGGUUGAAUGACAUUUUCAUAGGUGUUAGGAAAAAUAUUUUGUUGUCCUCGCCCUUACCUUCCAUUGGGCAAGCUUAUUCACUGGUGAUACAAGAUGAGAAACAGAGAGAGAUUGAGGACAAUAAACAUUCAAAAAACAAAGUGAAAUAUUAA